AUGGAGACCUCCGAUUUUGUCGUAUCGGCGGCCGGCUCCAAAACCUUUCAUCCAUUUACCCGCCUUCCCACCGAACUGCGCCUCCAGAUAUGGCGUAGCGCUUUGCCCGAGCGGGACAAGCCUGCAUUUACUCCCUACCCAAAGGGUGGUUGGCUCCCUGUUGCACCUGAAAGUCAGCAUGCAAGUAACAUCCAUCAAGCCCCUGUGGAGUGGAAGUUCUGCCCCCAAUCACUUGAUCAAAUCCGUGUCAAGAUCCCACUCGCCGACGUGAACCACGAGGCUCGUCAGGUUGCUCUCAAAUGGGCACACAAGCAGGGAUUUGAGGUCAUUUUCCAUAAUGACAGACAGUGUUUUAUCUUCUUACGCCCUUUUGAGCCAAUGCGCGACCUGAUAUGGAUUGGCGGUGAUGUAUUUGAACUCUUCAUCGACGAGUGUUGGGGGGUGCACGAGUCGGCUCAUUCUCCGGAGAAUGUUUCUCUUCCCAUCAAAGUCGGUCACUUUGCCGUGCCUGUGAAUUUGUUGAUACAUGAUCGGUGUUUGACUUCGCUUGCCGACACCCUUCGCUGUUUUUCCGGCGACAUAGUUUUGUACAUCAUCGCGGACGAGCAUCCAAGCUUUAAUGUGAUACAUGGUAACCACACAAAGGUACAGCCGCGGUGGGAGCUUCAUGACACACUUGAAGGAGAAACAAUGGUCUGGGAACGUAAAAGCAAGACAUUUGAGGUGGAACUGGGCCCCCGACUCUUCAAUGAGAACUCCAUUCAAUACGAGCGAAUAUUGGAAGGCAGUCAAUUGAUAGCUUGUGUUCUUGGCCGAUUUAUGCCCAACGUCAACUUUGAGAUACGGGCUGCUCGUGCCAUCAGACUUUGA